AUGCCAUGGUUACCGGGCUCAGGUAAUCCAGCCGCCGGCGGCAAGUCUCCAUUCACAGGAAGCCUGACGACGGUCACCGCUCCCUAUGCGGGCUCGGCUGUGACAACGUUGACGAUCCCCCCUGCUGGAAGUGACCAGACAGGCACUGAGCUCGUCCUCAAGCCCACGCCCAAUAACGGAGAUGCCCCUUUCAAUGGUCCCUGUACGACGAUAACAGUUCCUGGAGCCGGUACAGCAUUGACAACUUUGACCGUGCCUCCAUCGGGAACUGAUCGAACUGGCACUCAGAUUAUUUGUCUUCCCUCCGCUACAGGAGGUUUGAUAACCAGCACGUCGACUGGCACCCAGCCUGGUCAGACAGGACUACUCACUCUUCCUCCCGGAAAGCCCGGCGAUCCGACUACCAUCGUCACGAUUGUUCCCCCUGGUGGGCCGGUAACGUCUACGUCAACAGGAACUCAACCUGGCCAGACAGGCCUGAUUACUCUUACUCCUGGAAAGCCCGGCGACCCAGUUACCAUUGUCACAAUUGUUCCACCUCCGUCAGGAGGAUUGGUUACUUCUACAUCGACCGGAACCCAGCCAGGUCAGACUGGGCUGUUGACUCUUACGCCCGGCAAGCCUGGAGAUCCAACAACGGUUGUUACCAUUGUUCCUCCUCCCUCCGGUAGUCCAGUAACUUCCACUUCGACUGGUACUCGCCCAGGUCAAACCGGAUUACUGACUCUCAUGCCCGGCAAGCCUGGAGAUCCGAUCACAAUCGUUACUAUCGUACCUCCUCCUACAGGAGGAUUAGUAACAUCUACGUCGACUGGUACUCGCCCAGGUCAAACCGGAUUAUUGACUCUCACGCCCGGCAAGCCUGGAGAUCCCACAACGGUCGUUACCAUUGUGCCGCCUCCUAGCGGCGGGCUGGUCACCUUGACUUCAACCGGCACUCAGCCAGGCCAAACUGGGCUUUUUACACUGCCGCCCGGCCGCCCUGGCGACCCAACAACAGUCAUUACCAUCGUGCCGCCUCCUACCGGUGGACUAGUCACGAUUACUUCAACAGGAACCCAACCUGGACAAACUGGGCUUCUUACUCAGACGCCUGGUCGUCCUGGCGACCCGACGACAGUCAUCACGAUUGUUCCCCCUCCUACCGGUGGACUGGUCACGAUUACUUCAACAGGAACCCAACCUGGUCAAACUGGUCUUCUCACUCAGACGCCUGGUCGUCCUGGUGAUCCGACGACGAUUGUGACCAUCGUUCCCCCUCCCACUGGCGGAGUAACGACUGUCACAUCUACUGGCACUCAGACUGGACUGACGACUCUAACACCCGGUCGACCCGGCGAUCCAGCUACUGUCGUUACUUUUGUCCCAAGUCCCACUGGCGGCAUCGUCACGGUCACUUCUACAGGGUCGACCACUGGACUCAUUACUCAGACACCCGGACGACCCGGUGAUCCAACUACAGUCGUGACCCUUGUGACGCCUCCCGCCGGUGGAUUGACCACUAUCACUUCCACAGGCUCGACAACUGGGUUAACCACUCUGACUCCUGGGAGGCCUGGAGAUCCUACCACCAUUCUGACCUUCGCUACGCCUCCCCCUGGUAGCAUCGUUACAAUCACAUCCACUGGUUCAACAACUGGCUUAGUUACCCAGACUCCCGGAAGACCCGGUGAUCCAACUACCGUCGUGACCCUUGUGACGCCUCCCGCCGGUGGAUUGACCACUAUCACUUCCACAGGCUCGACAACUGGGUUGAUCACUCUGACGCCCGGACGGCCUGGAGAUCCGACGACGGUCGUGACUAUUGUUCCUUCUCCUCUAGGCAGUGUUAUCACGGUUACUUCCACAAUAUCAACCACUGGCCUCAUUACUCAGACACCCGGGCGCCCUGGUGACCCUACUACUAUUGUAACUUUCGUUACGCCUCCUGCUGGGGGACUGACUACAGUUACCUCGACGGGAUCGCAGACUGGUCUCACGACCCUGACGCCUGGAAGACCCGGAGAUCCCACUACUGUAGUGACUAUUGCGACUGGUCCUCCUCCUGUGACAGUCACCUCGACAGGCUCGACCACUGGUUUGACUACCCUCACACCCGGAAGGCCUGGAGACCCUACUACUGUCGUCACUUUCGUCACUGGUCCUCCUUACGUCACGGUCACUUCAACAGGCUCAACGACUGGUCUUACCACGCUGACGCCUGGACGGCCUGGAGAUCCGACUACGGUCGUGACUAUUGCUACUGGUCCUCCUCCUGUGACAGUCACCUCGACAGGCUCGACCACUGGUUUGACUACCCUCACACCCGGAAGGCCUGGAGACCCUACUACUGUCGUCACUUUCGUCACUGGUCCUCCUUACGUCACGGUCACUUCAACGGGCUCAACGACUGGUCUAACCACUUUGACUCCUGGAAGGCCUGGAGAUCCGACUACGGUAGUAACAAUCGCGACCGGCCCCCCUUUCGUGACGAUCACGUCAACAGGCUCUUCAACUGGUUUGACUACCCUUACACCUGGAAGACCUGGAGACCCGACCACUAUUGUCACAAUCGCGACUGGCCCUCCUCCCGUUACAUUAACCUCUACUGGCACAACUACAGGCCUCACCACGGUCCCAGGAGGUCCCGGAGGCCCGGCUACAGUCAUCACGUUUGUUCUUCGUCAGGGGUUCUUGGUUACACUCACCUCUACCGCAACCACAACUGGACUCACGACGAUUAUCCCAACCGAUCCAGUUGGCGGCACUACCAGCGUAAUCACAUUCGUCACCCCGCCAGCUCCGGUGACUCUCACGUCCACGGGCAGUACAACGGGGCUCACCACGAUUCCUCCUGGUCCUAGCGGAGGUCCUUCAACUGUCAUCACAUUUGCGACAUCUACAGCAAGCCCUAUUCCUCCGGUGACCGUUACAUCGACGGGGUCGACCACUGGCUUGACCACUGUUCCACCCGGACCCAGUGGUGGUCCCUCGAUUGUUAUUACUUUUGUGACCCCUCCGGCGAGUCCUCUUUCUCCCGUAACCGUCACAUCAACGGCAUCGACCACCGGUUUAACUACCCUCCCGCCCGGUCCCAGCGGUGGACCUUCGACCGUCGUUACUUUUGUAACCCCCUCGGCGAGUCCUCUUCCUCCUGUGACGGUUACAUCAACAGCCUCAACCACUGGCUUGACAACUCUUUCACCCGGACCCAGUGGUGGUCCCUCGACGGUUGUUACCUUUGUGACCCCUCCAGCGACUCCUCUCUCUCCCGUGACCGUUACAUCGACGGGGUCGACCACGGGCUUGACAACUCUACCUCCUGGACCAAGCGGUGGCCCGUCCACUGUGGUCACAUUCGUCCCGCGUAUUACUGGCUUCUUGGUAACUCUCACAUCUACAGCCAGCCAGACAGGACUCACCACCAUUGUCCCAACGGACCCGGCCGGCACUACGAGUAUUAUCACAUUCGUUACGCCCAGCGCUCCCCUUACGCCAGUCACAGUCACAUCAACGGCAUCCACCACUGGCUUAACCACUCUUGCCCCUGGUCCCAGUGGCGGCCCUUCAACUGUCGUGACUUUUGUCACUUCCUCCACUCCUCUUGCGCCAGUUACUGUCACGUCAACGGCGUCAACCACCGGCCUGACAACCAUUCCUCCCGGCCCUAGUGGUGGCCCUUCAACCGUCGUCACUUUUGUACAGCUUCCUACUGGCUUCAUCACAACUGUGGUCUCUACCGGAACCCAGACCGGUGUGACAACUCUGCCUCAAACCAACCCAACCGGCACGACUACGGUUAUCUCGUUCGUACCCCCGAUUACAGGUGCGAUCACAACUGUGGUCUCUACCGGAACCCAGACGGGCGUCACGACGCUUCCCCAGACCGACCCAGCUGGCACGACUACCGUCAUCUCCUUCGUCACACCCUCUGCACCCCUUACGCCAGUCACCGUGACUUCAACCGGCAGUGCCACAGGCCUUACAACAGUUCCGCCGGGCCCAAGCGGUGGUCCCUCUACUGUGAUUACUUUCGUAACGCCUACGAGCACAAGCACGAGCACAACUUCGGCAACGCCCACAGCAACCUGUAGUCCUGGGUUGAAUUGGGCCUAUUACGACUUUGCUCAGUCGCCGAGCAAUACCUCUAGUUCCCCAGGACAGAUACCUUUCCAUGUUGUGUCGUCAGGAGAUGCCUGGGCUUUCACGUACAACGAUGUCCGAACGGUUCUCUCAGGUCAAACUCCUCAGAAUACAGGAGUAACAAGACUUGUCGGUGUCCCGAACGGUGGCGACUGCACUGAGGCAACCGACCCCACACCGGUUGUGUAUGGUACGACUGUGAAUGGCGACUCGAGAUACUGGUACAUCCAACAGGCUGGUUAUUUCCAUCCGAGCCAGUCGGGCACCUACACGUUUGCAUUCAGCACCGCAGAUGAGGGUGGCUAUGUUUGGGUGGGAGACAAAGCGGUUUCUACUUUUACGAACAGCAAUGCCGACCUCAUCCGGUACACGCAGCAAUCCACCACUCCGACAUUCUCGUUCACAGCCGUUGCCGGUGCAUAUUAUCCCAUCAGAUUCCUCUACGUCAAUGCACAGGGCUGUUACGGCAAUGGGUUGACCAUCACCAACCCCAGUGGGCAGGUUAUUGUCUCGCGGACGGACCAGAUCGCCAGUAACGAAUUGGUCCCUGGAAGCUGUGGUGAUGCCCCUGGCACCUUUCCCAUUACACCUCCCUCGAUGACAAGCCCUUCAAGCACGACAUCGAGCCCGUCGACUACGCCCGCGCCCACCUCAACGGAUUCCUCUAGUACUUCUAGCUCUUCCACUUCGACUUCGUCCACGACGUCAUGCGUGGUUUCCUUGACGAGAACGGUCUCCGCAGGUGCUCCUGCAGGCGCGACGGCUACAGUGGCCGUUCCGUCCUGUGCCACAGUUAUGCAAUUCUCGGUUCUUGGAGGUGGCGGCGGUGGCAGUGCUGGCAAAGGUGCAUUGAUCUCUGGCUCCAUACCAGUCACCCCAGGCCAAUCUGUGUUCUUGGUCGCCGGCGGCGCAGGUACGAGAGUCGGUGCUGUUGGUGGUGCCGGUCAAAGUCAGUACGGCAACGGCGGAUCUGCUUCCAACAAUGGCGGUGGAGGCGGUGGCGCUUCAGCUCUCUAUCUUGGUCAAGACUUGCUUGUAGUUGCUGGAGGAGGCGGAGGUGGUACCAUUCCCGUUACCAACAACAAUGCCUCGCCUUACACACUGAAUUAUAAUGGUACCGGAUCAGGUGAUGCGGGUUCCAAGGGUAGGUCAUACAGCAUUACUCUAGCGAGUACUGGCGCCGUAACAUCUACCUCUAAUGGAGGAGGCCCGGGUACUCAGAUCUCUCCUGGGGCUGGCGGUGUGUGGACGGGCUCAGGAACAUUCGCCAACGGAAACGCUGGAAGUGGCUCUGUAGGUGCGAACGGUAUUGCUGGGGCAGGCGCCUUUACUGAUGGUUCUGGCGCCGGUGGCGGAGGCUAUCGCGGCGGGGGCAGCGGAGCCACUGGCUACUACCAAGUAGAUGCAACAAUCCAGCGUAUGCCGGCUGAAGGUGGUGGCGGCUCCAGCUUCGUGGACGCUUCGGUUGUGAACCCGACACAGGGCCUCGGCGCUUCCUCUACUCCUGGCAGGAUUGUAGUUACUUUUGCAUAG